ACUCCUCCCCUGGUGGCACUGAUCACUCCUCAUACAGGGGGGCAGCGCUGCCCUGUACACGCCGCUGCUGCCAGCGUAGAGCCAGGCGGAUGUACUGAUGGCUCGUAUUUCUGUUGACUUUCACAUUAUGUUGUUGCCUGUCGCGGUUUGUCUCCUACCACCUGGCCUGUCGCCAUCCUCCUGGACGUCUGUACGGUCGGACUGACAGAAGGUAGAUGUCCGGGGUGUGAGAGCAGCGGAUCCGUGCCCGCCGGAUUGAUGCAGGCGGUGAAGGCGCUGUGAAAACCUCCAUCUCUGCCCGAGUGAGAGUCGACUGGAGCUGUCUGGCUGGUCCCACUUCACUACUAUGACUCUGAGCUGCUGAAGAUUUUUCUUUCUUUUUUUUUUUUCCCACUUGAAGCCCACUUGAUUCCUCGAUGGGUUCCCGCAGCCAAGGCUUCUACCACAACCACCACCACCACCACCAUCGUAGCUCCAUGGUGCCCACAACGGUGCCGAGGCUGCUGCCCGAGAGUGGCAGCCUGCUGGGUGGCAUUGCGCAGAUCACCCCUAACCUCUUCCUCAGCAGAGGGAACGUGGCAUCCAACCGCAGCCUGCUUCUGUCUAAAGGCAUCACCUGCGUGGUCAAUGCCACCAUCGAGCUCCCAAACUUCAACUGGCCUCACAUGGAGUACGUGAAGGUCCCGCUGGCGGAUAUGCCCCACUCGCCCAUCUCCUUGUACUUUGACAGCGUGGCCGACAAGAUCCACAGCGUUGGACGUAAACGGGGGGCGGUGCUUGUGCACUGUGCAGCUGGAGUGAGCCGCUCUGCCUCUCUGUGCCUGGCGUACCUCAUGAAGUAUCACCGCGUGUCUCUGGCUGAGGCCCAUGCCUGGGUCAAAGCCCGCCGCCCCGUCAUCAGACCCAACGGUGGCUUCUGGCGUCAGCUCAUCGAGUACGAGAGGAAGCUGUUCGGUAGAAACUCUGUUAAGAUGGUGCAGACGCCCUACGGGGUCAUACCUGAUGUUUAUGAGAGGGACCGCAGGAGCCUGGCUCCGUACUGGGGCCUGUGAGAAAGGCCACGCCAACCGUCCACAAAGAGGGAAUCGAGGAGGAAAGUGAAGAUGAGCCCUUUUGCCCUUCUGGACUGCAGGUUCAUGCCUGUUCUGGACAGGCGAAGUGAGACACGUGUGAGUGUAGAUCUGUGUGAAGCUUAUUUAAUGAAUAUUGGUGCGCUUGGACAGAGGGAAUCUAACCAAACACUGGUUGUCGACGGUGCUGCUGUCCAUCCAACCAGUCACCUCCAUUUAGUCUUUCAGUGGGAGCAAGGCCACUUCAAGCCCAGAAUCCUUCGGACCAACGGAUCAAUCGGGACCACAAUUAUGUCAGACACCAAAACAAGAAGAAGAAACGCUCAGAGUGGAAGUCGGUGCUGUCUAUCUUCUGGUCUGUCUAUCCAGCACCAGUGGACGAGCGCUCUGUGAAGGUGUUAGCUGUGUUCGAGACUAUGCAGCUCUGACAGUGAUGUGACUGAAGUCCUUUUCCUGACGUGGUGUCAUGUGGUGGUAUUGUGCCAGUUUUGCAGUAAUCUUUGGUGUAAGGGCAGCAGCAUGCUCUCAAUUUAUGGUAGCAUUUAAGAUAAAUGUACAGAAAAAAAGCAUAUAGACAAAUUAUUUUAUUGGAAUGUACUGAUAGUGAGGAAAAAGUGGUUAUGGCGCACUGUAACCUGAACAUUUAAAGAUGCUAUUGUAUUUACCUUUUUUAAGGUGAAAAUCUAAAAGAUAAAAGCCAAAGUCGAGGUUUAGGGAAAGCUCCUGUGUACCACAGGGUUGACUGUUCUGUCCUGUGACCACACUAUGUUAUUGUAGUGCUAUUUGAUGCUGUAUUAAAAAAAAAAAAUAUAUAUAUAUAUAUAUAUAUAUAUCUGCCGCCUCAAGGGAACUGGUAGCUCUAUGAUAGAUGCUUGGAAGAAUAUUUUCUAACCCACUGACUUUGCCUUGUGUCCAUAUUAGGGUAAGGUUCCAGAAAGAUCAGUGCAGUUCAGAAAACACAUUUUGUUUCUGUCUGUAAAACGGCCUACUCUUGUGGUUCAGUGCUUUUCUGAAGAGCAAUGUCACACAGGCUGAAAAUCCUACUUCUCCUGUCGUCCGGUGGUUGAAUUUUUCACCUAGCUGCACGCGCUGUCCACACUCUAAAAGGUAAGGCUUAGCACUAGAGUUGUAGGGGUGAGACAAAAAAAAAAAUUGAUCCCACAGUAAAUCACAACACACAACAUCAUCACGACUUUGCCACCACUAUCAUUACAUAAAAGAAAAGCUAAGGCUGAAAACCUAAAAGCUGCUCCACAGAGCUGUGAGGUAUCCACGGUUGCAGUUGAUUAUUUUCAAAAUUGAUUCAUCCAUUUCUAAUUUUUACUUAUUUUCUAUUUAUCAAAUAAUUGAAAAUAAUUAAAAUAAUAAAAAUUAUUAAAAUUUGGAAAAAUGGCAGCCCAAGGUCUUAAAGUGCAGCAGUCAUCUGCAACAUAUGUCACGCAUCAAAAAAACACAACCAGCUGUGAUUAGUCAGGGUUAGGGUUAUUAUUACACAAGCAAUUAUACAAGUCAGAUAAUGCAGUGUUGCUUGAAAUGUCUGGUGUGUGUUGCAUUUAAAUUGCCAUCCUCAGAUUGCUAUUUUUUUUCCAUACAAACAGUCCAAAAGAUAUGAAGAUAUUUAAUGAUAUAAAACAGACAAAUCAGUUGACUCUCACAUUUUAGAAGCUGGAACCAGAGACAAAAUGAUCAAGUCAAAAUUGUUUGGAAUUGUGAAAUUGUUGACUAAUCUCAAAUAAUCGUUUCAACACUGAGAUGUAUCUGAUGACUGUCCAGUCAGAGAAUCACCCACUCUGUGAUACCACCGUCAUCACGGGCAGUGAAUGUAUCAGGUUAGUUUUGUGUUGUGAUUUACCUUCUGGACUCUCACUAAGAGUCGACAUGCAGCAGUGAUGUUAACUCUGGUCACAAGUGCAGCAUAGUUGACAUUUUCAACUAAGAGAUAAGUGCAACGAUGCUUUUUUGCCAUAAUAGAUUAAGUGUGAUAUUACAGUAAUUUAAAAAAGAAAAAAGAAAAAAAAGAAUAAAAGUUCAGGGGUAAAUAAAUGUAGAAGGAGAAAGAUGUUGUUGUUCUGAGCGCAAUCUGUAAUCUGACUUUUCAAAUUAUUUCAUGCCCCAAGACAGUGAUAUUAAAAUUUAAAAAAAUGA